ACACUAGUAAUUGAAUCAAACACAUUCUUCUUCUUCUUCUUCUUUCUUCAGCUUCUGCUAAAAACAGAACAUAUCAAAAAUGGAGACAGCAGGGGUGGCAUGCUUUGCACGUGGGACAAUCAUGCCAAGAGUUGCUUCUUCUCAACAUACAACUUCUUCAUUUGCAUCUCCAAGGACCAUUUCUCCAUCAUUCACCACCAAGAGUUUAAAAUCAAGCUCAUUAUUUGGAGAAGCAUUGAGGAUAAUGCCAAGGUCUUCCCUCAAGGUUUCAAAGGCACAAAAUUCGUCGCUCAUAACCAAAUGUGAGAUCGGUGAAAGUCUGGAAGAUUUUCUUAAAAAGGCAACCCCAGACAAGGGUUUGAUCAGAUUGUUGACUUGCAUGAGUGAAGCUGUCAGAACCAUUGCGUUUAAAGUCCGAACUGCUUCUUGUGGUGGCACCGCAUGUGUCAACUCAUUCGGUGAUGAGCAGCUUGCAGUAGACAUGCUUGCCGACAAGCUUUUGUUUGAUGCCUUGGAGAACUCUCAUUUCUGCAAAUAUGCUUGCUCUGAAGAAGUUCCUGAGCUUCAAGACAUGGGUGGUCCAGUCGAAGGCGGAUUCAGUGUUGCUUUUGAUCCCCUUGACGGGUCCAGCAUUGUUGACACAAAUUUCACUGUGGGCACCAUAUUUGGAGUAUGGCCGGGAGAUAAGCUAACCGGGGUGACUGGAGCAGACCAAGUGGCUGCAGCCAUGGGUAUUUACGGACCGAGAACUACUUAUGUUCUUGCUAUCAAGGGCUUCCCUGGAACCCAUGAGUUUCUUCUUCUUGACGAAGGAAAAUGGCAACAUGUGAAGGAAACAUAUGAAAUUUCAGAAGGGAAGAUGUUUUCCCCAGGAAAUCUGAGAGCCACUUUUGACAACCCAGAAUAUGACACGCUGAUCAACUACUACGUAAAAGAAAAGUACACUUUGCGAUACACUGGUGGAAUGGUGCCUGAUGUUAACCAGAUCAUUGUGAAAGAAAAGGGGGUUUUCACUAAUGUGAUAUCACCAACUACAAAAGCCAAGCUAAGGCUUCUAUUUGAAGUCGCUCCUUUAGGACUAUUGAUCGAGAAUGCUGGAGGUUACAGCAGUGAUGGAACAAAGUCCGUGUUAGACAAAGUUAUCGUGAACCUUGAUGACCGGACUCAAGUAGCCUAUGGGUCUAAAAAUGAGAUCAUCAGGUUUGAAGAGACACUAUAUGGGUCAUCCAGGCUCAAGGUGCCAGUUGCAGCUUAGAACUUGAUAAUUCAAGUUUGUUUUGUAAACAUGUGUUGCUAAGAAUUCAAUGAAAAGUUUUUAUCAUAUAUAUAAAUCGGACUUUUAAGAUUUUUGUAACAAUAUUUUUGUUAAAAGUUAUGGAAUAUUAUUUGCUAGAAA